GAAAACCUAGAAAAGGUGCACAUGGUGGUGCAACGGGGACAUGCAAGACGCCAGUUUGGAGAUCAACGCUUUGAGAGGGGCCCUUCUGAUUCAAUCAACAUUGAGUGGACUGUUUCAGUUGCUGCUUGAAGGUGCUGCUUAAAGUUGUGCGGUUGUGAUGGCGGCUGUCGGCGGCCAGGAGGCGACAAGCAUUCUUCAGGCACUACAGGUGGCCUUGGAUGUGACGGGAGCGGGCAAGGACAAGCGGAAGGCGGCCUCAGACUUCUUGGAACAGGUGAAACUGGGCGAGGUUCACAGUGUGACCAACGCUGCCUUGUUCCUGGUACAAGCGUCCCAGCCCCUGGAGGUCCGCCACUAUGCCUUCUCGCUCCUGCAGCACGUGGCACACUCCCGUUGGUCCGACGUCCCCCCCGCCGAGCGGAACCCCCUCGCAAACCUCUUCCUGCAACUGCUCGCCACAAGCGGAGGGGAGGGGGAGCCCUGGGCCAUAAAGAGCCGAGCGGCCGCUCUAGUUGCUGAAGUCAUCCGUCAAGAAGGGCCGAAAUUGUUAGAAGAAGUCCUUCCCCCUUUGAGAGAAAUGGCGCAGCAGGGUCCGGUGCAAGCGGAGACGGUCGCAAUGCUCCUGCGGUGGCUCCCGGAAGACGUUACGGUGCACAACGAAGAUCUUGAUGCCCCCGCCCGCCGCGCCCUUCUCGGCGGCCUCACUUCCAAUCUGAGCACCAUCCUACCGCUCCUCUACAACCUCGCCUCCGUCCACUGUGGCGCGGCAAUGGCCGCAGUCCAGUCGGGCCGGCAACUAGAGGCGCGCCCGCAUGCAGCAGUCGUUACCGCCGCACUCGCGGCCGCGGACGCGUACUCGGACUGGGCCCCGGUGGUUGGUCUGGAGUCGAGCCGGCUGAUUGAGGCGGCCGGGGCGCUGCUUCAGGCGCGGGAGUUCCGGGAUGGGGCGGCGGAGUUUCUGAAGCACGUCGCGGGAAGGCGUCGACCAACUGACGAACGAGAGCGGGAGACCCUCGACCAGCACGACGCCGCAUUGGGCCACGUGGCAGCCUCUCUGGUAGCCGCCGCUCCCUCCGCGCUGACUCAGGCUCAGGCUUCCGACAAUCAGGACGAAGACCGUGAUUAUGCAGAGCGAAUUGCGGAGGGUUUGGCGGCCGUUGGGAGCAUGAACGCGGCCGCGGUAGCGGGCCAGGGGCCGACAGCUGUCACGGCUUUUCUCACACAGGUGCUUGGUUUUCUGUCGUCCUCGGUGGCGCUGGCGAAUCCUAUCCUGCCAGGUGUCACCAGCCUGUUGCGUGACGCGGCCGCCCCCAAAGACAAGGCGAAGCCAAAGCCGGGGCCCAGUCUGCAAUUGCCUCCCGAGUGGACGACGGCAGUUCUCGAAGCUGUGCAUGAGAAGGUGCGGCGCUGCAGUGGUCACGGGUUGAUUUUGGAGGAGGGGGUUGAAGGGUCCUCUGAAGACAACGGAGGCGACUGCCCCCCGGAGUUUGAGUCGGGACGAGACUACGGUACCUACCGGGGCAAGCUGAGUGACGUCAUACGGUUGGUCGGGGGAGUCCAGCCCCAGUUGGCGGUAGAGUACGCGUGCCGCCAGGUCAUGACUGCAACCACCGCCGCAGCGCAAGCGCCCAGACCCGCUCCGAAAGAGGUGCUUGUGGCUGUAGAAGCUGCCCACGUGGUCCUUGAGAACGUACUCGCGGGCGCCCCGUCUACCGCGCUCGAGGCGGCCGCACGCUCUGGGGGGCAGGCCCAGCAGGACGACCUCGGGCUGGCGACCCCCCUGGAAGCGAUGCUGCUCCACUUGUUGAGCCUUCAGGUGUCGGCGGCUGGUUUGGUGCAUCUACAAGGCCGGCUCUUUGACGCGUGUGGCCCGUACCUGGCUUUCGGCCCUGCGGCGGUUCCAAACGUGCUGCACAAGCUGCUGUUGAUGCUGCAGGGACUGGUGCUUCCUCCAGGGUCUCAACACUCCGAGCCCAGUAUCCCGGCCCACGGCAACCCCCGAGAUAAAGCUCCCAUCUGGUCGGCUCGACUUCUGGUUUGCACGUCGAUUCUGCGCGUCGCUCGAUCGGCUGGGUCGGGUCUCGUCCCCCAUUUGGAGAGCAUCGCGGGCGCUAUCGGUCAAAUGCACAGCGCAGGCCAGCUGACGCCGAGCGAGCACAACAGCCUCGCGGAAGCCAUCAUGGUCAUCUCCACCUCCGCCGGGGCCGAACGCCAGGCUCAAGUCUUGGAGUGGCUCCUCGCUCCGCUCCGCCAGCAAUGGGUCGACUCAGCGUGGCAACAGACCAUCUCAACCCCGGCUGGCCUCGCGACCCUUUUGCAACUCCCGCAAUCGCCGGCCGCCAAUGGCCUCUCUUCCGGCCCUGCUCCUUACUGGUGGAUUUACCACGCCAUCUCCCUGUUUGAGAAAGCUCUCCGACGGUCUGCCCCGCACAAUCAGGCGGGCCUGCAACACGUGCGCGUUCCCCGGUCCCCCAGCACUCCCCCUCCAGCCGUCGGCCGCCCUACGACUCCGCCCGCCCCCCCCCACCCGAUGGGCCAACACCUGGGCUGGAUCGUCCCCCCCUUACUGCACCUUUUGCAAGCUGUCCACCGGUUGUGGGAACCGGAAGUGCAGCGGACACUCUCUCCGACAUUACAGGCCGCUCUCCGAUUGGAAGAGCAAGUCCCCCGAAAUUGGCUCAAGGGAGUGCGCGAGGCGGGGUACACUGUUUUGGGAACAGCCGCCGCGCGCGUGCCCGGGUUUUUCGACCGGUCGGAGUGGGGGGCUGUUGCGGCGUCCGCGCUCACGGGGAGCCUUGCGGCGAUGGAGAUUCGGCACCUGCGGCUGUUGAUCAAGUCCGUGGUCUCUCCCAUUGUGUCCCACUGCCCCCCCCCUCAAUGGGAAGCGUGGCUGGCCCCACUGGUCCCCCCUGUUUUGGCGCAAGCGCACACGACCCUCGCUGGGGGGUGGGCCCAGCUGGCCACGCAAACGGGGGGUCCGCCGCUGCAGCAAACCAAGGGGGGGGCUGCGGAAGAAAUCUUGCUUGACAAGAUGGUUCGAGAUUUGAGCAGGGACGUCUGCUCGCUGCUGGCUCUAUUCGCCCCCUCCAGUUUUCCCCCCACCAAGCCAGAACCCUCCCAACAAAUCCGCAACCAAGUAGACCCCGGUUUGUUGGGCUGGUUGCUCCAGCACCCCCCGGCCGCGGCGGCCGGGCUCGAACUGGCGACCCAGGCACUCACGUGGCCGGACACGGAGGCCGCCCAAAAAGCGCUUAUCCUGGCCAGCGGAGCUGCGCAGGUCGCCCCAGCAGACCCCCGUUUGCACGAACUCGUCGGGCGCACGCUUCUCGCCACCGCCGUACGCGCGCUCGCGCUCGAAAGCAACGCCCAGAUUCAGGCGGACCUUCUGGCGCUCGUUCUCGACAUCUACCUCCGCCUUGCGCCGGUGACACCAGCCGUCAGACAGGUGUUAUCCUCGCUUCCGAACAUGACGUCAGCAGCGCUGGCCGAGUUCGAGGCGGCUGUCGGUGCCACGAGCAGUGUCAAAGAGCAGCGGGUUGCGGUGCGGACUCUGUUACAGGGCGGCGCGGGGGGGCAGCUGCGCGCGCUGACCCCACAGAAAGCGGGAAACGUCAUCACAAAUCUCACAGACCGGGGAAACCUGAUGCAGGAACGUAGUAACGCUCGACAGCUAGCGCAAGAGCCCGAAAGCCAAGGGGGACCAAUCGGACUCGCACUGUUUCAGUAGGUGCAGAUGCUAGAUGGAGCGGUUAGGAACAGGCAUACAGAAAUCAGUAUUGAACCGUGAGUUUGCAAAUGUCAUCAAGUAGUCUGGCAGCUUGACCCCUUCCAAGCCGGGUCGAGGGAAUCUAACAUGCAGGCAAGGCGCAUCUUGGAUUUGGAUGGUGACGCUACGAAUUCAAGUCCAUGCUAUAAUGCACAUGGCAUUACCAGCAUCCAAACAUAUCGUGCAC